UGAGGUGAAGCUGAAUGCCACGACGUCUUCAGAGGAGGAAUAUCAGUUAAAGGUUUCCUGCUACUAUGUGGCCAACAUCACUCGCACAUUGGCCUUUCUGACCAGGCCGCGUGACAACGAGCCUUUUGCCGAGACUGGGACGGGUCGACUAAUGGUCAGAAUGAGACUCGCUCAGGAUGCCUCGUAUAACACGUUCCACCAGGAGGAGGACUAUCCAGUGGUGAGGUACCUUAGACAGCCUCUGCACUUUGAGGUGGAGCUGACCACGUCCUCUGAUCCCAAGGUAGCGCUGGUGCUUGACCACUGCUGGGCCACCCUCAACGAGGACCGUGACUCCCGACCCCGGUGGAAUCUCAUCAUUAAUGGCUGUGAGAACCCCGAGGAUCCAUACCGUGUGGUCUUCCACCCGGUAGAAGUUGACGCCAGGGUCCACUUCCCCUCUCACGUCAAACGCUUUGAGGUCUAUAUGUUUUCCUUCGCCGAGGAUGCGGUUGAGCAGAGUGGCCAGGUCUUUGUCCAUUGUGAUGUGGUCAUCCGUGAUGCCAGUAGUCCCACUGGCGGCCCCUGUAGUGGACAAUGUGUGAAUCAGGACAACCUGAAAAGAGGUCAACGACAUGUCAAAGACCUCUUUGAGGAGCGUCAUGUAUAUGUUUCUUCUGGAUACAUUCUUUGGGUGUAAUGUAUUGUUCUAACAUGACAAAUAAAGUGUUCUAUAUAAAACAAUCCUAA